AACUGUCAGUCGCAUCAUGUGAGUCAUAACCUCAAUCUUAUUAUAACAAUCGUUAAGACAUCGAAAAAUUUCUAUUGUUUUUACUAAGACGCUUAGUUUAAUAAUUAAAGCGAUUGUGGUUUACAAACAAAUUUUAGUGACAAAAUACUGCGGCGGAAGUUUGUUGGUGUUAUAAAAACUACGGUGAAUUUAAUUGAAAGCGAAAAAUGUCAAGGACAAAAGAUACACUGGCAUUGUUGAAGGGAUUGCAGCUGAUUGCCAAGGCAUCGGCACAAACGAACGAAGAGUAUUUGCGGCAUCUGUGGGCGAAUUCAAGUGUACGUGAUGUCAUAUCGAGUAAUUGUGUACAAGCAAAGCAGUUCACCGACAGAAUCACCCGGAAUCCAAACAAAGAAUUCGAAAAUGUUACGAAUGUACUAAAGGAAACAGUGGAGAGAUCGAGUGUUGUAGCUGAAAGUUUGUAUCGUUUUGGUGUGUCACAGUCGACAACAUUGCAAAAAAUCAGCGAAAUAUCGAAUAAGCCAAAGGAAGUGGUGGAUACUGUCACAAGUGCUAGCCAUUUGGACAUAUCGGCAAUCACUUUGAAGGAAUUGGAACAGUAUCUAUCGAAUCAGUACGAUGAAAAGGAUCAACAAGAUUUGGCAGAAACUGAGAGUGAGAAAAACGAACCAAUCGAUUUUGGUGCCAAACCGAGCUCAACGGUGAAUCCAAAGCAAAUGUUGAACGAUGAGAAAUAUGUUAAGGAAUGGAUGCAAUUCAUAUCCGAACACAAACCAAGCACAGCUCAAACCGUCGAUGUGAAACCAAAAACGGAACCAAUUGUAGAAAGUGUCGCACAAACGCCUGUAGAGAGUCAGCCUCAAACACAAUCGAUUGAGUUACCAGCAUUGAGUGCAGUAGCAAAACAACGUAAAGUUCCAUCGACGCGAUUUGGUCGAAUGGCAUCAUUCGGAACGUUGUUCGCAGGCUUAGGUUUGGGCACCGUGAAUGAAUUGGCCAAAGGCGCGCUAGGCUUGGGAGGUGCAAAAGAUAUGAAAUCGGCGUUAUUUAGUUCGAAAAAUGCAGAACGGAUAGUGGAUACUCUGUGCCGUGUUCGUGGUGCAGCUUUGAAACUCGGCCAAAUUCUUAGCAUACAAGAUUCGACAAUAGUUUCGCCACAUUUAGUAAAAGCAUUCGAUCGCGUGAGGCAGGCAGCUGACUAUAUGCCUGAUUGGCAAGUGGAAAAAGCACUGAAAAGCGAAUUCGGCAGCGAUUGGCGCUUAAACUUCAAGUCAUUCGAAGACAAACCGUUUGCCGCGGCCAGCAUAGGUCAAGUGCAUCGUGGUAUUUUGCCCGAUGGCAUGGAAGUGGCGAUAAAAAUUCAAUACCCGGGUGUUGCAAAAAGCAUUGAAAGUGACAUUGACAACUUGGUGGGAAUGCUCAAGGUGUGGGAUGUCUUCCCAGCUGGCAUAUUCAUUGAUAACGUUGUAAAAGUGGCGAAACGUGAACUCAUUUGGGAAGUGGAUUAUUUACGUGAGGCAAAUUACACCGAAAAAUAUCGUGAAAUGGCCGCACCUUAUAAGGAGUAUCGAGUACCAAAAGUCAUUCGAAAUGUGACGACCAAGAGUGUGCUCACAACCGAACUCGUGCCUGGCGUUCCUUUGGACAAAUGCUUUGACCUGAGUGAAGAGCAUCGAAAAAUCAUUGCAACAUCCGUGCUGAAAUUGUGUUUGCGAGAAUUGUUUGAAUUUAGAUGCAUGCAAACCGAUCCAAAUUGGUCAAACUUCCUGUACGAUGUAAAUUCAAAGCGAUUGACGCUAAUCGAUUUUGGAUCAACACGAUUCUACACGGACGAUUUUAUCAACGAUUACAAGGAGACCAUUCGUGCUGCCGUUGCCGAUGAUUAUGAACAAGUGCUGAAAUUGUCACAAAAAAUGAAAUUUUUAACCGGAUACGAAACAAAACAAAUGAAAGACGCCCAUGUAAAUGCCACCAUGAUUUUGGGUGAAUUAUUUCGAUACGAUGGAGAAUUCGAUUUUGGUAGACAAAGCACAACGAAACGCAUUGCUGAAUUAGUUCCAACGAUGAUUGCUCAUCGUUUAUGCCCACCACCAGAAGAAAUCUAUUCGAUCCAUCGUAAAUUAUCGGGCGUUUUCUUAUUGUGUUCACGUCUCAAUGUUAAAUUUAAUGCUCGCCCAUUUUAUGAAGAAAUUGUCAAUCAAUCGUAGUUUAAAUAGUAGCAACAUUUUCAUUCAAUAGCUGUUGAGUAGUUUCAAUAAAAAAUGCUUGGUUUGAAGUGAUUUUCUGUUGAUAUUUCCAUAAAUAGCAAGGAAUUGAAUGACCAAAAAUAUGUUGAUCCAAUAAACCAUGCAUGAAAAUGAGUUAUUGAAGCAAUCUUGUAUUAGAAUCACAUCAAACAGCAAUAGACCAAAUCUGUGUUCAUUUUUUUUUUGUUUAGAAUAAAUGAGAAUAGUGAAAGAGAUAUUUUUCAUGAAUAAAAUGUAUACGUCCCGAUACGGAUCAAAUAAAUCAUCCUACUGAAAAA